CUGGAAAAAAAAAGUUGUAAACGAAAGGAAUUUUUUGUGGACAUUAAUGUAUUCAAAAGUUUGAUUGUGUAUGUAGUCAAUAAUCAUCAACCAUUGAUCGUUGUGACAUUUUUUUAUUUAAUUAAUUUAUUAAUAACAAACCAAACGCAACAUUUCCAAUUCCACGCUUAUAACUUCACUAUUUCUUGAUCUCACGACACGACCCUUCUCAUUCCAUAGACAAAGCACAAUCAACUUUUCCAAUUCUCUGAUGGAUUCUUCUCUUGCAUCAUCCUCCUCCAUUUCCGCUUCUUCUUCUUCUCAACCAAACCAUCCUUGGUUUUCUUUCCCUUUCAUGCUCUUAACCAUCAAAAACCUGCUGCUAGCUUUGAUAACUCCGAAUGAAAACCGACAAGAGUUUCCUCACUUGCAAAACGAAGGGUCGGAAGUGGCUUUAACAGAGAAUGCAAAGUUUAGGAUCGGUCCUUUUCUAACUACACUGGUUUUCAACCCAACCUUUGUUUCUGGUAUGUUGGUGUGGUUUGUGGCACAAUCCAGCAAAGUUUUAUGGAAUUUCUUUAGGCGGAGGAGAUGGGAUUUGAGACUUAUGUUUGCUUCUGAAGGAAUCAUUCCUUCCACCCACUUGGCACUAUGUACUGCUCUCCCAACUUCUGUCGCUAUCUCUCAUGGUGUUUCUCAUUCACUCUUUCCUGUUUCUUUGGGAUUUUGUCUCAUUGUCAUGUAUGAUGCUGUUCGUCUCACAAGACAUGCUGCUGAGGUGGUUAAUACGCUUCCAGCUGUUGAAGAGAGGCGAGAAGAAGAUCUUGUUGGUUACGCGCUAGUUCGACUAUUCAUUGUUGCGAUGGUUGGUUGCAUGGCAGCAAUUUUCUUGAUCAAACUGUAUUGUUGGAUAUUGAUUGUUAGCUUACUGUUUGGUCUUAUAAUGUCAUUCGUAUGUACCUAUUUUUUCCCUUUAGUGUCUUACGUUAAUAGGGGUAGAUUUUGGUGGGGUAGGCCAUUCUCUUUUGUUGGAUCUUCUUGAUCAGAAUGUAUUGAAUAUUGGUUGCUCUUAUAAUGAUGUCAUGCAGCUUUCUCAUAUAUGAAGCAAUUCCUUUUUGUUAUAAGCGAUUAAAGCCUUCAUGGAAUGUACAUGUGCUACCUUUAAUCAGUGUGUGUAUCAUGAUUGCAAACAAAGUUACUA